AGGACGAGGGUAUUAGACGGUCAGUGAAGGAGCGCUUUUUCAGUCGGCUCACAAAAGUCCUUAACAGUCUUUUGUCAGGAGGCAACAAAGUGCGCGCCUUCAACGCCUGGGUAAUGCCCCUCCUCACAUACUCCUUUGGCAUACUAAGGUGGACUCAGACCGAGCUGGACGCCCUGGAUCGGAGGGUCCGAUCACUGCUCACCACACAUCGCAUGCUACACCCACGCUCGUCAGUUAUGAGAUUGUACAUCCCACGGAAGUGUGGAGGUCGAGGCUUUCUAAACGCCAAGGAUUUCCACAACCGCGAGGUGUACAAUCUCAGGAAUUAUUUCCUUAACAACGAGUGUGGGAUGCAUCGUGAUGUGGUGGCAGUAGACAGGAACCUCACGCCGCUCUCCUUGGCAAACGUGAACUGGCGCAAACCUGUGGUACUAAGUACUGCGGAUCGCAAGGCGGUAUGGGAGAGUAAGGUGCUACACGGGCGGUUCUACAAGGCCCUCACGGGACCCGAUGUGGACCUGCUCGCGUCGGUGAAUUGGUUACGAUUCGGGGACCUCUUCGGAGAAACCGAGGGUUUUGCCUGUGCAAUUGCGGACGAAGUGAUGAUGACGAACAACUAUCGGAAAUAUAUCCUGAAGGACGGUACGGUCGACAUCUGUCGGGCAUGCCGCCGUCCCGGAGAGUCACUCAGGCAUAUAAUUUCCGGUUGUUCUCAUCUUGCUAACGGUGAGUACUUGCACAGACAUAAUCUCGUAGCCAGGAUUAUUCACCAACAACUUGCUCUUCUAUACGGCCUUGUGGACCGCGAAGUACCGUACUACAAGUACUUACCUGCGCCUGUUCUCGAGAAUGGUCGUGCCACGCUCUAUUGGGAUCGAUCUAUCAUCACUGACAGGACUAUUGUCGCCAAUAAGCCUGACAUCGUGCUGAUAGACCGAUCGCAGCGCCGGGCCGUGCUCGCCGACGUCACCAUCCCCCAUGAUGAGAAUCUCGUGAAGGCCGAGAAGGACAAGUCCAGCAAGUACCUAGACUUAGCUCACGAGAUUACCGCCAUGUGGGAUGUUGACUCGACGAUCAUUGUUCCGAUAGUUGUGUCAGCGAACGGUCUCAUAGCGAAGAGUCUCGACCAACACCUAGAGAGACUCUCGCUGGGUGGUUGGAUCAAGGGUCAGAUGCAGAAGGCGGUAAUUUUGGACACGGCGCGUAUAGUACGUCGGUUCCUCACUCUGCGGCCCUAACCACCGGCAGCUUGGGCCAAGCCCCGCUGCCGGCGGCACCCUAGGUUAGGUUUUUUAUAAUGUGUUUAUAUAUUUUUGUUAUGUUUUGUAAUGUUUUUAUAUUUUACUUUUAUAUACAUAUUAUAAAAUAACCUAACUUAAGAUGAGAAAUAAAUAAAGAGAAUAAUAAUAAUAAUCUUCUAAGUUAAUGUAACCAUUUAAUGACUUAUUCUAAAGUUUCUAUUCACACCUCCCUUGUAUAUUAAGCUCGAAAAUAACUUUUGUACUACAACAAUAACACAGUUAUAUAAAUUAAUUUGUUUCGGUAACUGUAAAUAUCAUUGACUUGUCAACUAGUAGACUUGUAUAUUGUGUUGGCUAGGGAAAAAAUACCUUAUAUCCGUUGGUGCAAUUAUAAUCAUGGGGACAGAGGCAAAUGCAGAACUUUUACAGAAGUUUGAAGAACUCCAGCAACGUGUGUCGCUUCUUGGAGUAACUCCUACUCCACAGGUUAAUGCCAUUAAGGUUAAACUUCCUAGCUUUUGGACUCAUCAACCUAAACUUUGGUUUGCCCAGGCAGAAUCCCAAUUUGACACAGCAGGCAUAAAGUCAGAUGGAGCUAAA